GUUCUUAACGAAUGAAUAAUAUGAUAAGUAUUAUUCAUAUUCAUCUUAUAUCUAUCCUGCCUCUAUCCUGCAUGGCAGUCACAACCAAAUCACACAGCCCUUACCACUACAGCACCAUCUCUGUCCACUGAUUGGAUCGUCGUGGACACCAAACUCUCAGCACCUUCAAAACUCAGCUUCUCUGUCAUAAACUUUGUUCGAGGUUUAUAAUAAGAGAAUAUGAUGAGUUUAUGUAUUUAUUAUUUUUUUUAAUUUUAAAUAUGUUUAAAAAUCUUAUUUGAAUUUUAUCCAAAAUUCAAUACCUUUAAAAUAUAUUAUGAUAAGAAUUUAUCCAAAAUUUAUACAAAUAUCUAUCCAAAUUUAUUUCCUCCCAAACCACCUGCAACCAAUUUCCCUCUGGACCAUUAUAAAAUUCUAAAAAUAAAAAUCUAAAAAAGGAAAUGUCUAUAUUAAACUAAUUCCUUAUUCUCUCUCCUCUUUUAUUUUCAUAUCCUGCCUUCUUUCUCUCUCCACCAUAGCCUGGAGAAAAAUCCACCAAACCUUUUCCUCCUCUCUCCCACUUCCUCGACGCACAAAAAUAUCCCUCCAUUAUUCCAUAAUCAAAAUUUUCCUUUCCCUGUCUCCCAUGAGAAUAACAAGAACAUCCCAAAUAUUCCUUCAUUUUAUUCUCUACCUCUCCCUUCACAAUCUCAUCUUUGUCACAACAGCCAACGAUGGAAUCUACAACCCCUCUGUUGUCUCCAUCCUUGUCAACUGUGGCUCAUCUACCGACGAACACGAUGCCGACGGUCGAAAAUGGGUUGGUGACACUUCCCCUAAAGCUUCUGUCUCCGGAAUCAUCUCUACCAAAUCAACCCCUUCAACCGCCACUUUCCAAGAUCCAUCUCUCCCCUCAUCUGUUCCUUACAUGACGGCAGCGAUUUUUGAAUCUGAAGCAACUUAUAAAUUCCCUGCAAGAAAAAAAGAGCGUCUUUUAAUCCGGCUUCAUUUCUAUCCUGCCUCCUACAAUGACCUCAACCCAGAAAACGGAUUCUUUAAUGUGGUCGCCACCCCUUUCGCCGACGGUGUAGGCGGCAUCACCCUCCUUCACAACUUCAGUGCUUAUAUAACCGCCCAAGCGUUAAGCCAAUGUUACAUAGUACGAGAAUUCUUCCUCCCAACGAUCAACGACGAUUUCCUCACGCUGACCUUUACUCCAGCCGUCGUUCAACCCAAAGCCUUCGCCUUUAUCAACGGCAUUGAGGUGAUCUCAAUGCCAGACAUCUUCACCACCACGGCCGUCAUGGUUGGCUUCAGCGAUAGCUCCGUCACCGUUGGAGCAUCCGCCGUACAGACAAUGUACAGACUGAAUGUCGGCGGACAGUACAUUGCUCCGACUAACAACACAAGCUUUAGUCGCACGUGGUAUGACGACACACCAUAUAUUUCCGGAGCAGGAGUUGGAGCCACAGCAGCCGCCGGGCCACACAUAAAAAUUCAAUACCCGAUGAACUUACCAACAUACAUAGCUCCGCCGGACGUGUACAGGACAGCGAGGCAGAUGGGGCCAGAUCCUAAAGUGAAUAUACAAUUUAACCUCUCAUGGUCCUUUCAAAUCGAUGGCAACUUCACCUAUAUUGUGAGACUCCAUUUUUGUGAGAUCCAGCUUACUGAAGUGAACCAGAGAGUUUUUGAUAUAUUUAUUAAUAAUCAGACGGCUCAAAAGGACGUCGAUAUCAUCGCAAUGACUUCAUCUAUGGCGAUUCCUGUCUAUAGAGAUUACGCUAUUUAUAUUAGCAAUGAAGAACAACUGUUGGUAGCGCUCCACCCUUCGACUGAUUCAAAACCCGAGUUUUUCGAUGCAAUUUUAAAUGGUAUAGAGAUAUUCAAACUCAGUGACGCCGACGGGAACCUUGCAGGGCCAAAUCCAAAGCCUUCAGCGAUGCUUGAGAAUGAGCUACAAAUAACCACAAACGCGCCGAAAUUUCAACCGGAAUAUUCAAGCGAGAAGUCACAUGUGAUAGUUGGCACCGCAAGCAGCGCGGCUGCUGCAGGACUUAUCUUCGCACUCUGUUUUGUGGUUUAUCAAAGAAAGAGAAGAGCUAAUGAUAAUGAAUCAGAGGUCAGCGCCUCCGGCUGGCUCCCGCUUCACAGAAAUUCCCAUACUACUGUAAGCAAAUCCAACAUGUCCUCAAAAACCUGCACAAGCAGCCACCUUUCGACCAUGGCGGCAGGUCUCUGCCGCGAUUUCUCUAUUUUCGAAAUAAAACAGGCAACAAAGAAUUUUGAUGAGUCCCUUAUCAUUGGUGUCGGCGGAUUCGGCAAAGUCUACAGAGGAAUAAUUGACAGAGGAGCAACGAAAGUAGCUAUCAAGAGAGCAAAUCCUGAUUCAGAACAAGGCUUGCAUGAAUUUCAAACAGAAAUCGAAAUGCUCUCCAAACUUCGACACAAGCACUUAGUCUCACUCAUCGGAUACUGCAAAGAAGCUAAUGAGAUGUGUCUAAUUUACGACUAUAUGGCUAACGGAACACUAAGAGAACAUCUUUAUAAAACAAACAAGCCUGCUCUGUCAUGGAAACAGAGACUCGAGAUCUGUAUAGGAGCAGCGAGAGGGCUUCAUUACCUUCACACAGGAGCUAAACACACAAUCAUUCAUAGAGAUGUAAAGACUACUAAUAUACUUCUGGAUGAGAAUUUUGUGGCCAAAGUUUCUGACUUUGGGCUAUCGAAGACAGCACCAUUGAUGAAUCAGUCUCAUGUAAGCACAGUGGUGAAAGGGAGCUUUGGAUAUCUUGAUCCUGAAUACUUUAGGAGACAACAAUUAACUAUUAAAUCGGAUGUAUACUCCUUCGGUGUCGUGCUAUUUGAAGUAAUGUGUGCUCGGCCGGCACUCAAUCCUAGUCUUUCCAAGGAGCAAGUUAGUCUUGUAGAUUGGGCAAUUCAUAAUCAGAAAAAAGGUAAGAUUUUUGAGAUUAUAGAUCCUUACGUAAAAGGAAAGAUUAAUUUAGAAUGCUUGAGCAAAUUCGUGGAGAUAGCUGAGAAGUGCGUUUCUGAGCAUGGAAAUGAUAGGCCAGUCAUGGGAGAUGUGCUUUGGAAUCUUGAGUUUGCUUUGCAGUUGCAGGAGAGAGAUGAAGAUGGAGGAGUGAGUUCUCAUGGGAGUGGGAGCAACGUUGAUGUUUUAAACUUAUCAAGUGAAGGAGAUGGGGUCGUUAAUGAAAUGAAAGAAGAUUUGGAUGAUUUAUCUGUCUUCUCGCAGUUUCUCAAUCCAAAGGGAAGGUAAAAAUUAAGAAUGAAGAUGAUAUAUAGACAUCAUGUAGUCAUAUGAUCGUUUUGUCUUGAGGAUAAUAUUUUUCUUAGGUUUGAAUGUUUUAACCAUUGAUGUCGGUUUGUUUUUCUCGAUGCCUUACUUCAUGUGUAUGUAUGCAUAAAGAUGAGUUGGUCUGUUGUGCUUAAA